GUCCCAAGCCCCGGUUUUGGCGCAGGGAUCUGUUAUUUCCCGCUAGUUGCGUGUCUGGUUCAUCUGCCCCGCCAUGGGCCUAGAGCUCUACCUGGACCUGCUGUCCCAGCCCUGCCGCGCCAUCUACAUCUUCGCCAAGAAGAACGGCAUCCCCUUCGAGCUGCGCGCCGUGGACCUGGUCAAAGGCGAGCACCUCAGCGAUGCCUUUACCCAGGUGAACCCUGUGCAGAAGGUGCCAGCCUUGAAGGACGGGGACUUCACUUUGACCGAGAGUGUGGCCAUUCUGCUCUACCUGACGCGCAAGUAUAAGGUCCCUGACCACUGGUACCCCCGGGACCUGCAGGCCUGUGCCCGGGUGGACGAGUACCUGUCAUGGCAGCACACAGCCCUGCGGAGAAACUGCCUCCGGGCCCUGUGGCAUAAGGUUCCCUGAAGUCCAAGAGAACGACCUUCGAAACCCUCUGUCUGCUACCCCUGACCUUCAUCCCAUCAGAUCUCAUGAGAGCAAGAAUCUUUCUAGGGAGAGGAGGAGUCCUAUGGGGGUUUCCUUGCAGGCCUGGGCAGGCAGAGGAGCAAAGGUGCAUUGACCC